AGUUAACAAACAAAGUAUUUGAUAUUAUUUCAGUCUUUUGCUCUCUCGAAUUAACAAACUCUUUCGGAUCAACUAUGGGGAAGAAUAAUGUGCAGAGGAAUUCGAGUUUCAGUUUUAAGAUAAAUAACUUCUCUGAAAAGGAAGCUGCCAUAGCUUCUCAGUCAUUCCUGAGUUACGGAUACGAAUGGUUUCUGUACGUUCAUCCGAAGGGAGAUGAUCUUUGCGAUGAUCACAUGUCUGUGUUCCUACACGUCGCAAACCCUAAAUCAUUGGGAAGUGGAUGGAAAAGGAAAUCUUGUUUUCAAUUCGUUCUUUUGAAUCAAUUCGGCAAAGAGCUCUACAGAUCACCAAAUAGCCAUGGUUGGUUUAGUGCUGAGGCUACAGGCUGGGGUUUCCGGAAGACCUUGCCUCUUGAUAAACUUCAUGAAAAAGGGUUUUUGAAGAAGGAUAAACUCAUCGUUGAAGUCUACAUUACUAGUGUUGAAGCUGAUGAUGGAAAAGGCAGAGUUGUAUCAGAGAAGAAGGAGACUCUGGAUAUCAACGGUUUUCAGGUUUUUGCUUCUCAGGCUGCUUCAGCAAGAAAGAUAUUCACAGAGCACCCAGACUUUGCAGAUGAUUUCAAACCAAAGAACCAAGUGGUGAAGACGGAAUACAUGAAUGUCCUUCUCAACCUCAUUGAGACACUUAACAAGCCUUCACAGAAUCACUCAGAGACUGAGCUAAGCAAUGCUCACAUGGAGCUGAGUGAGCUGAUGGAGCAAGGCUUCAAGCUGGACUGGCUGCAGUCAAAGCUUGAUGAGGUUUCCUUGCAGAGGAAGAAAGCAGAUGCUGAUGUCCAAAAACUCGAUGAGCGUGUUAAGAAUCUUGAGCUGAUGAACUUGGGCUUGAAGAUGGAGCUUUUGAAGACAAAGCUCGAGGAGGUUUCCUUGGAGAGGAAGAAAUCAGAUGAUGCUGAUGGUACUCGAGCCAAAGAAAUGGAGGGACGCAUCAAGAAUCUUGAGAUGGUGGUGUCAGAACUCAAAUUUAAACUGGACGACAUGGAGGAGACGGAAUCUUUUUCUGAUGAUUUUGUGCUGAUGGAACAGGUUGAAUAACGUGGACAUCUUAAUACACUAGAGAUUCGGUUUUAUGGAAAGACCUGCUUAUGUUGAUGGUUUUAUGAUUUUUAUUUUUUUAUAUAUAUGCGCAACUUAUGGAUAUUUUCGUUUAGUCAUAUUUGGGUUUAA